AUGGCAGCUAAGUUCGUAACAGCACAUGUGGGGGCCAAAAAGGCCAAAACCAGGGUAAACGACAUCUUCGCCACUAGGCGAUCCCCAGGGGAAGGACUGAGGGACUUCUUGGCUCGGUUCAACAGGGUGGUCUACGCACUUGAGAAGCUCGGACUGAAGGUGAAGUGGCCACCGAAGAUGAGGUCCGACCCAAGUACAAGGAAGUCAGACGCCUUCUAUGAGCUCCACCAAGACCGAGGGAACAUUACAGAAGACUGCCACACUCUAAAGUUAGACGUGGUGAACCUGUUGCAACAAAGGCACCUCAAAGAGUUGCUUAGUGAUAAAGGCAGGAACAUCUUAGCAAAGGGGCGAAAAUGCCCAGGUCUUCCAAAGCCGCCGUCUCCCGCUCGUACCAUUAACAUGAUUAUUGGAGGUAGUGACUACACCUCCAUCAAUGGCAUAAAAUUCACCACCACUCAUAAACUUAAGAGAUCGAUCACCCACAAAUGGUAUGAUGGCCUCGAAGAGAGUAUCAUCUUCGAUGAGUCAAAUGCCAACGAUUUGACUUUCCCUCAUAACGAUGCACAUGUUAUUACUUUACGCAUUCAUGAUACUGACAUUAGAAGGAUUAUGAUGGACGACAGAAGAGGAGCAUGCAUUAUCCAUCCUCAAGUCCUCGUACAGAUACGACUAGAAGACAAGAUAGUGUCGCGCGACAUCACACUAACAGAUUUUAUCAAUGCAGUUGAACAGACUCCGGGCGAGAUCACACUCCCCGUCCUCACUGGCGGGGUGACGUUAGAGACCACAUUCCACAUCAUAGACCAGGACACGGUGUACAAUGCCAUUGUAGGUUGA